CGCCACGAUUUGCAGCUGUUCGUAAUUUCUCUCUGGCUGCUCUCUUUCUUUUUCGUUUCCUCUUUUCUAGGCGAAGCUGUUCAAAAUUCAAACUGUUGCGUUGUUUGUUGGAUUUCAUUCUCUUCUUGAUCUUUGUCUGUCACAUAAUUAACUUACUUGGUACGCAAGCUAAGGUACAUCUUGCCUUGUGCGUGGUCCAAUACAUUGCCUAGCCCCCAGUCCUUGCGCUUGUCUACUGGAGCACAGCAUCGAAUUGCGAAGAAAAAAAAAAAAAAAAAAGUCCUGCCGCCCGCGUGCGUCAAGGAGUGAUACAUCGCCUUGUUGCUCGGUCUGCACAUCGUCCAAAAGUCUCGCGUUGCUUCUUUUCUUUCUUUUUGAAUUUUUUUCUCCCCCCUCAUUACUCACUUCCUGUCUUGCGUCGCGCGUGCGAAGCCCAACGGCCUCCACAGCUUUCAUAGCAACCUACCUACCUACGCGGCCUGACCUUGUCAGUAAUCCGUUUGGGGCCGCCCCCAUUCCUGCCAACCGGCACCGAUAAAGAAAAUUUAGCGGCAACUCAGAGAUACCUCACCUAGCUACCCAGACUUGCAAACUCAAAUGAAGUUUUUUGGCAAGAAGUCGCUCAAAAAAAACCAACGCCAGGACAGUGGUGAGGACACGGACGAUUUCUCCCACUCGGAGCCUUCCUCGCCCAUCAAAAGCCCCUCUUACAAGUCAUCCUCUCCGACCAAAUCUUCGCCAACAAAAUCGCCCGUCAAACAUCUGCAUUCCCACAACCCCUCCAAGAUCGACCAGGAAAAUUUGCCUUCCCUUUCACGGGAGUCGAAGCACCCUCGCCUGUCUCGCUCUUUUGGGAGGGAUCAAGGAUCGUCUUCGAGGCGCAAAAAGAUUGAUCCAGACACGCACCCUCUGAAUCUACCACCCGAGGAGCGAAAGCGACUCUCGGAACUCUCAGCCAUGUCGAACCGCGGCGAGUCCAUGGACAUCGACCGGGAGCCCCCGAAUGGGACUCCUGCUUCGCCAAAGGCCCAGUCACCCACGCCACAGCCUUCUUCCGAUGAAACCGGCCCAGCCGAUGCCACCGGAGGUAGUGCUCGGCCGAUGAAUACAGACUCAGACGUUCCGGUGCCCCCGCCACACAAGUCUCCCCCAGGACCAACACCCGCUGAGGAGGCCGAGGGCUUCAAAGCAGCCGGUAACAAGCUCUUCAAAGACAAGGAGUACUUGCGAGCGAUCGGCGAAUAUACCAAGGCUGUCAACCUGGUUCCGAACUCUGCUAUUUACAGAAGCAACAGGGCUGCCGCGUUCAUGUCUGCAGGAAAGUUCGAAGAGGCUUUUGAGGAUUGCAAAAGAUCGCUCGAACUCGACCCUGACAACUCCAAAACUCUGCUCCGGUUGGCCCGUAUUCACACUGGCCUGGGCAAGCCGGAUGAGGCCCUUGCAACUUUUGGUCGCAUCCGUCCUCCACCGUCCACGAAAGACAUGGCCCUGGCCAAGGAGAUGCUUCAACACGUCGAGGCGGCGCAGUCUGCUCUGAAGAGCGGCCACGCCUCCUUUGUGCUGCGAGCUCUUGACCUGGCCGAGAAGAAUUUGCCAUACGGUGCUCUUAGGCCGAGAAAAUGGCAGCUCAUGCGAGGUGAGGCACUCCUCAAAAUGGCUGAUAUCAACUCUAUCGGGGAUGCUCAGAAUAUUGCCAUGUCUCUGUUGAGAAUCAACAAUCAAGACCCUGAGGCAUUGGUGCUUAGAGGACGCUCUCUUUACGCACAAGGGGAGAAUGACAAGGCCAUCCAGCAUUUCCGCAAGGCUGUUAGCCUUGACCCCGAUUUUAAGGAUGCAGUUAAAUGGCUUAGGGUUGUUCAGAAACUUGAUCGCAUGAAGGAGGAGGGUAACGUCGAAUACAAGGCCGGCAAAUGGCAAGCAGCCAUUGAGAAAUAUUCGGCUGCUCUACAGGUUGACCCGGAUAACAAGGGCACCAACUCCAAGAUUCUCCAGAAUCGAGCGCUUGCGUACAACAAGCUCAAGCAGUAUGACCAGGCGAUUAUUGAUUGUGAGAAGGCUCUGAGCCUCGACCCCAGCUACACGAAGGCACGCAAGACCAAGGCUACUGCCCUGGGCUUGGCCGAGAAGUGGGAAGAUGCGGUCAGAGAGUGGAAGAGCCUUGCCGAGUCAGAGCAAGGCGACCGUGCGAUUCUCAAAGAGCUUAGGCAUGCUGAACUUGAGCUUAAGAAGAGCAAGAGGAAGGACUACUACAAGAUUCUAGGGAUUACCAAGGAUGCAGACGACAAGGAAAUUAAGAAAGCAUACCGCAAGCUGGCCGUCAUCCACCAUCCUGACAAGAACCCAGGCGACGAGGCGGCGGAAGCACGGUUCAAGGAUAUUGGUGAAGCUUACGAAACCUUGAGUGACCCUCAGAAACGUGAACGUUACGACAGCGGCAUCGAUUUGGAGGAUCCAUCGGACAUGUUUGGGGGAGGAGGCCAUGGUAUGCAUGGCGGCAUCGACCCGGAAAUACUGUUCAGCAUGAUGGGCGGCCAAGGUGGGUUUGGUGGCGGAGGUGGGUUCGGCGGGGGUGGCGGCUUCCAUUCUUUUGGCGGCGGUGGCUCCCGACAGCGCGGGUACCCCGGGGGUUUCCAGUUCUCAUGACAACCCAAGUCACCAGAGGGCGAUGAUGACGACGGUCGAAGCAGUCGAGCCGGCGAGUCAAAGCCUUACAGUGAUGGGGGUCCGGGACAAUCUUACCAUGACAGUGACCCCGCCCAGAGCGCGCAGUGGUAUGCCGCGGACGACGAGGAGCGAGACGACACUGAAUACGGUGGUAGACGAGAUCGUUACACAGCAGAGAAAGGCCGAGAGACGACCUUGGCUCAGUUGCGCAAGUUCUGGCCGUGGCUGGCGGCUGUGGUAGUGCUUCUGCCUCCCACAUUGAGUUUUCCUCUCAUGUUUGCUUGUGGAGUUAUGUACAUUAUCACCAGGGCUGCAAACCCCGCCACGCAGAAUCCGGGGGACUGGGUAGAGGAUGAUGCCCAUUAGCUCUGGCCACCUCUACAGUUGAAGUCAUCAAAACAUGGCUACUGCCUACUAUACUUCAAUGAUGUUUCGAGUCGAGCAUGUAUCACAAGAAAUAGAUAUAUGACCAUGGUGAGUAUAUCAUGUGUGGCCGGGUCGGCAUCAUACAGGCGUUACGGAGAGCAGUCUUUGUUUCAAUAGAAUGUCUAAUAUUUCGGUGUCUGGUGGGUUUAUUUGUGAUGGGGUCCACCGAUAGCUAAACUUGUAUUGUGACUAUUGCUCCAUAGUAUCCAGCAGUUAAGGCAAUUGUUUGACGCUGGACAUGACUAGAUGCUUACCUUAAAAAGGUACAAAUACACAAAUGCCAAUCCAGGCCCAACCUUGCUUAUGUAUAAUACAUAGAAAAAAUAUAUAGACGUGG